CCAACCCGCUCCAGGCUUAUAAAUCCGUCCUCCUCCACGUGCCCUGGCGGCUGCUUGUUGAACUCCGCAAUGUCCGGCCCUGACUUGUCAUUGGCAUUCGCUAGCCUCUGGGUACGGUCCCCUGUUCGCCGUUCGAACCCUUGCGGUGUGUAGGGCCUACUGUCGCCGCGUAUCUCCAUUCGUUCGCUUCCCCCUCUGUCUCUGCCCUACUUCAUUAUUUUCAUUUCUCUGGUCCUUCCAAGACUUUUUUGAGGUGGCAUCCUUCUCUCUGUCUCUCCGGGUUCAAGACUCAAUCUCCGGAGAGCGUCCGACCUGCCGGACAUUGACAAACCCUUUUAAUCUGAGAGUUGACCGACCUUCACCUUGGACUCAAGAGUGCUCUGUAUAUCAACCUGCCCACAGAGCACCUAUAUCUCCAAGGAACCCAAAAAGGAAGUGAGCCAACAUGUUCAACCAGCACAGUGGAGAGAUGUUCCGCCGGCGGUACGGCCGCGAACCAUCUCUCGCGAACUUGCACAAUGUCGCCUUGCCUGGGCAGCUGUCGCAGGAUGCAAGCGCUGUGCCUUCGCCUCAUGGUUCUGGGGAGCCCUCGAGAAGCCAGAGCCAGGAGCGGGACGGGACGUGGGGUGAGCGUGAUAUCGGAGGGCCCGUCAGCCGUGAAGAGGCCAUGGCAGAGUUUGAGGAGAUUCGGAGGGAGAUCUCCAAGAUCAGCCUGCAGCGUACCGCAACUCGUGAAUCCGGCGCUGAAAAGGCCAGGACUUGGCUCUCUAGAGGUCGAUCGCGGCCCUCGAUGGCUCGGACCCGAACAACCGCUUCAAGAGCCAGCAGUAUGGCUACUGACGCGACCUGGGACAAAGAGGCUGGUCCGGAGCCGGCCGAGGAGGACGACCUGGAUCUGGGUGCUUUCCUCAAGGAUGGCCAUUUCGAGAAACGCACCGAAGCAGGCGAGUCGGCCAAGAAGGUUGGAGUUCUGUUCAGGAAUCUCACAGUCAAGGGCGUGGGUGCUCAAGCCACCUUCACAAAGACUCUGCCAGAGGCCAUCAUGGGCACGUUUGGACCCGACCUGUAUCAUCUUGUGACCAGAUUCGUCCCUGCUCUCAAAGUCGGCAAACCGCCUCCGACGAGGGACCUGAUCCACGAUUUCACGGGCAGUGUGCGCGACGGCGAAAUGAUGCUGGUGCUCGGCCGUCCUGGAUCAGGCUGCUCAACCUUCCUCAAGGUCAUCGCCAACCAACGGGAAAGCUUUGCCGGUGUCGAAGGCCUGGUCACUUACGGUGGUAUCUCCGCCGAAGAACAAAAGAAGCGCUACCGUGGCGAAGUCAAUUACAAUCCCGAGGACGAUCAACACCUCCCUAAUUUGACUGUGUGGCAGACCCUGAAGUUUGCGCUGAUGAACAAGACCAAGAAACAUGAUGCUAGCACCAUCCCCAUUAUCAUCGAUGCGCUCCUGAAGAUGUUUGGCAUCUCCCACACGAGAGACACGUUGGUGGGAAACGAGUACGUGCGAGGUGUUUCCGGGGGAGAACGAAAACGAGUUGGGAUCGCAGAGACCUUGGCGACAAAGUCGACGGUGGUCUGUUGGGAUAACUCGACCCGCGGUUUGGAUGCCUCUACCGCUUUGGACUACGCAAAGUCGCUGCGGGUCAUGACUGACAUUUCCAACCGAACCACCUUCGUCACCCUCUAUCAGGCAGGUGAAGGGAUCUACGACCUCAUGGAUAAAGUCUUGGUCAUUGAGCAAGGCCGCAUGAUCUACCAAGGCCCGGUGAAGCAGGCGCGGCAGUAUUUCGUUGACUUGGGGUUCCAUGCCCCCGACCGGCAAACCACGGCGGACUUCCUGACUUCCGUGGGCGAUCCCAACGAACGACAGUUCCGGGACGGCAUGGAAGCUGCAACACCCAAAACUGCACAAGAGCUGGAGGCGGCAUACCGCCAAUCAGACAUCUACAAAGGCGUGCUUGCCGAAGUCGAACGCUACGAGAGCGAAAUCAAGGCUUCUGACCGUUCAGACGCCAGACAGUUCCAGGCGGCCGUCCAGGAGCAAAAGAGCAACAGUAAGCUCAUCUCAACGCGAUCCAGCUAUACGGUCUCGUUUUGGCGUCAAGUCAUGGCUUGCACGCUUCGCGAGUUCUGGCUUUUCUGGGGCGACAAGUCGACGCUGUACACCAAGGCCUUUAUCAUCAUCUCUAACGCUCUCAUCGUUGGUUCCCUGUUUUACGGAGAAAGUCUCGACACCAGCGGCGCUUUCUCUAGAGGCGGUGCUCUGUUUUUUUCGAUUUUGUUCCUUGGCUGGCUACAACUGACUGAACUGGUGAGGGCGGUCAGCGGCCGUGUCGUGAUCGAACGACAUCGUGACUAUGCCUUCUAUCGACCCAGCGCUGUGGUCAUUGCCAGAGUGGUCCUCGAUCUGCCAGUCAUCGCGGUCCAGGCUGUCGUCUUCACCAUUGUUCUCUACUUUAUGGCCAAUCUCGAUGUCGACGCCGGCAAAUUCUUCACUACCCUGCUUUUCGUGUAUAUCAGCACGAUUUGUAUUACAGCACUCUAUCGGAUGUUUGCGGCAUUGAGCCCUACCAUCGACGAUGCGGUCAGAUUUUCCGGCCUUGCGCUCAAUCUCUUGGUCAUCUUUGUGGGUUAUACGAUCCCAAAGACCACAUUGACGGGCGACGUGAUCUGGUUCGGUUGGUUGUUCUACAUCAAUCCUGUUUCGUACUCGUACGAAGCAGUGUUGACGAACGAGUUCCAUGGUCGAUCAAUGGAAUGCUCUCCUUCAAACUUGAUACCCCGUGGCCCCAACGCCCAGCCGGGUUAUCAAGGGUGUUCGCUCUCUGGGGCUACUUUGGGCAGCACCAGAGUCAGCGGUGAUGCUUAUUUUCAAAGAUCCUUCGGCUACUCGCGGUCACAUCUCUGGCGAAAUUUUGGCGUGGUUAUUGCCUUUACGGUUCUGUACAUCCUUGUCACCGCUUUCGCUUCUGAGAUUUUCUCAUUUGCUGGAGGUGGCGGCGGCGCGUUGAUCUUCAAGAAAACCCGCAAGGCAAAGAAGAUGGUGAGUGAAGAGACUAAACACGGGGACGAAGAGAAGGCCGUAGCACCCGCAGAGCCCUGCUCAAGUGGUACCUCAGAAGUCAUGAAGGACGAGCAAGACGCUAUCGUGGGCGGCAUUGCCAAGAGCAAGAGUGUGUUCACCUGGGAGAAUGUCGAGUAUGAAGUCCCAUACCAGGGUGGAAGGAGAAAAUUACUUAACGGGGUCAACGGAUAUGUCAAACCCGGGGUUAUGAUCGCUCUUAUGGGUGCGUCCGGUGCUGGCAAGACAACUUUGCUCAACACCCUCUCACAGCGGCAAACGACGGGCACUGUGUCGGGGGAUAUGCUGGUUGACGGCCGUCCUCUUGGGAUCGAGUUCCAGCGAGGGACCGGCUUCUGCGAACAGAUGGACUUGCACGACGAAGCCGCCACUAUUCGUGAAGCCCUCGAGUUCUCGGCGAUAUUGAGACAAGAUCGGAAUGUGCCCAAGCAGGAGAAGCUUGACUAUGUCAACAACAUUAUUGAACUGCUGGAACUACACGACAUUGAGGAUGCCAUCAUUGGCUCUCUGGGUGUCGAACAGCGCAAGAGACUGACAAUCGGUGUCGAACUGGCGGCCAAGCCCGAGUUGCUCCUGUUCCUCGACGAGCCGACCAGCGGUCUGGAUUCUCAGUCUGCCUUCUCGAUUGUCCGGUUCCUGAAGAAGCUCUCUCAAGCGGGCCAAGCCAUCAUCUGCACAAUCCACCAACCCUCCUCGAUGCUGAUCCAGCAAUUUGACAUGGUCUUGGCUCUGAACCCCGGCGGCAACCCAUUCUACUUUGGCCCCAUUGGGGAAAAUGGCUCGGCUGUGGUUGAAUACUUUGCAAAACGAGGGACUCAAUGUCCACCGAACAAGAACGUGGCUGAGUUCAUUCUCGAGACUGCGGCGAAAGGAGGCAAGAGACGGGCAGACGGGAAACGGGUCAACUGGAACAAAGAGUGGCUCGAGUCCGACGAGAACGCGGCCAUGCUCAAGGAAAUCCAACGCCUCAAGGAAGAACGGUCCAAGGAGCCGCCCAAGGAAGUGAAGGAGCAGCGAGCCUUUGCCGCUCCGGUAUCUCUCCAGACGUACGAGCUCAUGAAGCGGACGUUCCGUUCCUACUGGCGCGAUCCGUCCUAUCUGUACGCGAAGCUCUUCACCAGCGUCAUCAUCGGCAUCUUCAACGGGUUCACGUUCUACAACCUCGACAACUCGGUGGCGUCGCUGCAAGAGCGGUUCUUCACGUCCUUCCUCAUCAUCGUCAUCCCGCCCACGAUCGUCAACGGCGUGGUCCCCAAAUUCUACCAAAGCCGCGCGCUGUGGGAAGCUCGUGAAUACCCGUCUCGAAUUUAUGGGUGGUUCGCGUUCUGCACGGCACAGGUGGUCGCCGAGGUCCCCACGGCCGUCAUCAGCUCCGUCAUCUACUGGCUGCUGUGGUACUACCCGACCGGACUGCCGCGCGACAGCGAGACGGCCGGGUAUAUGUUCCUGAUGACGAUGCUGUUUUACUUCUUCAUGUCGUCGUGGGGCCAGUGGAUCUGCGCCUUUGCGCCCUCGUUCACGGUCAUCUCCAACACGCUGCCGUUCUUCUUCGUCAUGGUGUCCAUCUUCAACGGCAUCGUGCGGCCAUACAGCCAGCUGCCCGUGUUCUGGCGUUACUGGAUGUACUACGUCAACCCGGCGACGUGGUGGCUGCGCGGCGUGCUCGCCGCGACGCUGAAGGACCUGACCGUGCGCUGCGCGCCGGGCGAGUCGACCCUGUACAACCCGCCCCCCGGCCAGACCUGCCAGGCGUACACGCAGCCGUUCAUCGCCUCCUCGGGCCUGGGCUACGUGAGCACCCUCGCUAACGGCACGUGCGCGUACUGCCCCUACGCGAGUGGGAGGGAGUACCUCGCCACCCUGAACACCCGGCCGACCGAGCAGUGGCGGGACUUCGGCAUCUUCUUGGUCUUCGUGUGCUCGAACUGGCUGCUGGUCUAUUUCUUCAUCUACACCGUCCGGGUCAGGAAGUGGAGCUUCGGCAUGCGCUACGCCUUUGGCGCGGCGGAGAGGCUGAUUGACGCGGCGAAGGGGUUGGCCAAGAGGAAGUGAAGGGAGAGAUGUGGAGGAGGGAGUAGAUGAUAGACCGUCUGCGUUCGAUGUAGGAUAAAGUGUGGGUUUCAGCGACGAGGGAAUAGAGCAAUCUGCUGGGGAAAAUAGGUCUGUUUACGACUGGACAUGAAAUGUGAGAACACAGAUAGAUGAUGGUUGGUUCCAAAGAGUACACACUUG